CAUCGCAUGCAUGCAUUAUACUAUUGUUGUUACCGUUCAUUCUACAUGGUUGUUACCAUUAUAUCUGAGCACAACCAUUGAAUAAUAUUUUAUAGUACCUACAGGCAACAGCUGGUUGAUGAAAAAAUAGUGCAUGGCCAUCGUAAUAACAUAGAACAGUAAUAAUUAUGCUAUUUUUUUUCAAUGAUAUGAUUUCAAUAUCAUGAUAGAAGAUUAAGAACUAUAGGUAAUAGGUAUGAUCACUUCGAAAUUCGAAUAUGACUUCACGACUUCAGGAAAGUUUUGUGCACUACGCAUUGUGUUGUGUGUAAAGUCAACUGCGCAACAUUGAAAAUCGGUAACGUUAAUAUAUUUGUUGCGCACUUGUCGUGAGCAUCUUGCGCAUUGGAUCUGUGUGAAUGCGUGAUCAUACCUAUAUAGUUAUUUCUAUCAUGAACUUUAUUCAUUAUGAUACUCUUAUUAGGACGUUGCUAAUAACUUUAUUUUUACAAAAUUUUAUAGACAGAUAAUAAUAUUUUUAUCAUACAGGCCGACGUAAAAUGUGAAAAUGUGAAUACGCCAUUGCCAUUGAUGAAUGAUGACUAUUCACUAGAUAUAUUGACCACCUGUUAUAAUUCGUAAUUUUUUUUUAUUAAUCAUUUACCUAUAAAUUAUGAUUUUCCAAACAAUUACUUCUAAUCCUUAUGUCAAAUAUUAACCAUUGUCACUAUUUUUAAUAGUUCAUAGUUUAUUAUCAUCUCUAGUACAAGAUUUAGUUAAUACUAAGAUAAUUACAAUUCACUUAUAAUUUUUUACCUACUACAGAUACAAUAACUUUAUGUAUAAAAAAAUUAUGUUUCUAUCUAUUAGAUUACUAAUUAACUAUAGAAAUUAAUUUGUUCUAAAAAUUUUAAUUACUAAGUGAUUCCAACACCAAAAGAUAAUAAUAUGAUGCCCAGAGGAAAAAAUGGUUAUUCCUGGGAGUUAACCUCAGGAACUCAAGACAGUGAGCCUUUAUUAGAAAGGAAUAAUGAAGAUCCAGAUGAUGUGUUAUUUACAUCUCGCCCUGGCACAUCAACAUUUGUGGCUGAUAUGCUUAGUUCACAUUCUCAUAAGAUGAAUAAUCAACACAAUCAACUGGACCUCAUAUCUAAUUCAGUAAAAACUUUGAAAAAUGUUUCAGAAGAUAUAAGUGUUGAAUUAGAUCAUCAAAAUGUAAUGCUCGAAAAUUUGAGCUCUGAAUUAGACAAAACAGAAUCAAGAUUAGACAUGGUAUCAAAAAAGGUGGCACAAGUUCUACAAUUGUCUGAUGAUAAAAGACAAUGGAUGGCGAUUGGAAUUUUAGUUGGUAUUAUUUUAAUAACCAUCGUUCUUUUAAUAAUUUUGUAAACUAUAUUUAAACAUUAUAUUUGGCAAAAAAGAC